AUGACGAAAGACCUCAUCAAUACCACACCCCCUCCAGGCCCCAACAACUCGGGCCGGUUGGUUUCGAAAGCUCUUCCACUGCACGGGGCUCCCGCUCAGUUUGUCAGUUGUUUACCUUGCCUUGAACUCUUGAUGAGUCGAAUCUAUCUUACUACCUCAGGCCAACUCAGGUCACGGCUCUGCAGACACAGCCACCUAAUUUUUGUACCCUCGGCAAUUGACUUUGUUUCUGUGCUUUUAGAUCUUACACUCUGUGUCUUUGUCUUUGUGAGUAUGUUGUUAUCUGUAUUUGCGCUCCUAUCAUGUCUUUCGCUGCCUGGCCCUGGCUACUUCUGUAGACACGCUUGCCUGUUUGUCUGUUUGCCCAUCCAUCUCUCUUUUGCCUGCUUGUUGCCUUGUCUAGGCUUUGGUGACCGUCUGAGGUGCUCCUCUUCUGUGAAAGCGCCAGCCAAGACUUACGAGCAUGGCAACUUUCGGCAACCCGGCCUCUCUUUAGAUCGCCCCCUGAGCCUAGUUGGUGACAUUUUUUUUACGAGUUCACUUUCAUCUUCCGUUUCGCGUCGUCCCCAAAGUCAACUGGCGCAUGAAGCGGGACCGGUCACUUUGCGAGACACAUUUGUGCUGCUCAUUUCAUCCACCAAACCAAGAGUGGUGUGCCAGAGCUGGCACCAUUUUGGGGCAUUUAUGGGCUUGUCAGCGGAACUGAGGCGAAGAGUUUGCCAAUGA